GGGAGUUCCCUGUGACGACUAAAAAAGGAGAAAACUUUGCGAUUAUUUGCACCAAUACACCAUUUCGUGAUGGAAAUGAACGGCUGAUCGGGGGUAUGUGUGUAUCCACUGAUGCACGUCCAUUUACAAUAAUGAAGCCACAGGCUGCAACCACUUCUAAACAAUCUCUACAGACUUCAAUUGCCUCAAAGAUAUCAAAUUUGGCUUCAAAGGUUAAACUGAAAAUGAAAACUAGAGAGAAAUACCAAGAUCGUGAUGAUGUUUCCGCUUUUGACUGUACAUUUCAAUGUAAAGAAAGAAGAACCCCCACGGGGAACAUUGGGCCAUAUCCAUUUGGAGUAUUUAUUUCCACAGAGCCAGAGGAGCGUCACAAUUCAAAAGCAGAGGCAGGGAUGGAUAAAAUGAGAAUUCUGUUGCCAUGGAAAAGAAAAGAGCCUGUAAUUGCUCAAUACGGCCGUUCUGGUUGGUAUCAGAUGAAUAUCAAUCAAGAACAUGAGCCCGGUGGUCCACAAUCUAGUAUUGAGGACUCAGGGUUGUUGUUUUCUUCCAAACAUGUCAGUAAUUCAGGUAUCACAGGUAGUAGUGGAAUGAGUAUGAAAAGUAAUUGCAUUAUCAAAGAUGAAAUGGAGACAAAAAGUGUAGAUUAUAAGAUCUUCUGGGAAGACUUGAUAUAUAUAAAACAGAUUGGACAAGGUUCUUAUGGGGCUGUAUAUCACGCACUGUGGCAUGGAUCAGAUGUUGCUGUCAAAGUAUUUGUGGGUCAGGACUUUGCAGAUGAUAUGAUACUAGCGUUUAAACAGGAGGUAUCUCUCAUGAAAAGACUUUAUCAUCCAAAUAUUUUGCUCUUCAUGGGGGCUGUAACUUCACCUCAGCAUCUAUGCAUAGUAACUGAAUUCCUUCCCCGGGGAAGUUUGUUUCAGAUUCUUCAUAAAAAUACAACCCGGUUAGAUAGGAGGCGACGUCUUUAUAUGGCCAUGGAUAUUGCACGUGGUAUGAAUUAUCUUCAUCAUUGCAAUCCGCCCAUUGUUCACCGUGAUUUGAAGUCUCCAAAUCUUCUUGUAAACAAGAACUGGACUGUGAAGGUUGGUGAUUUCGGUCUCUCCCGUAUUAAGGAUCAAACAUACCUGAAAACAAAUUUGGGGAAAGGAACGCCACAAUGGAUGGCUCCAGAACUUCUUCGUAAUGAGAAAGCAGAUGAAAAGUCGGAUGUAUACAGCUAUGGAGUGGUAUUGUGGGAAAUUAUCACAGAGAAGAUCCCUUGGGAUGAUCUCGACCCAAUGCAGGUUAUUGCAGCUGUAGGGUUCAUGAAUCAAAGGCUAGAGAUUCCAAAACAUGUGGAUCCCUUGUGGGUUUCUCUUAUUGAAAGCUGUUGGUGCAGGUUGGUCUCAUUAACUAGAAUUGCACCACAAUCCCGACCAACGUUCCAAGAAAUACUAUAUAAACUCAAAGGUUUGCAAAAGAAGUUUGCGGCUGAGCAUAGAAGAUAAAAAAAAACAUGUGAUCGAACGCUUGGUAGUUGGUUCCUUCCUUCAGUCUUUCAUCAAAAAAAUUUUUUUCAAAGAUUUACUGUUGGAGGAGUGAUGCACCAUUUGCUUGUUCAUACCAAAGGUAAGGGCCACAUAUAUAUCUUCUUAUUUAUUAUUCUUUUUUUUUUUGCGAGACGCUUAAAUCUGGAAACGUUAGAACCGAGGACUAAACUACUAGGUAUUGCUUUGGAGCUUCUAAAAAUCUUAUUUUAUUGAGAAAAAUAUGUUGUAUGCAUUACUCUCUUAUGUGAAUCUUUUGGUUUUUGUCAGUUGUAACUGACUCAAGCCCACCGACAUGUUGUAUGUGAGAAAACGUAGGUCUAAUUAACUAUGCAGAAGAGUUCUUGA